GUUGGUGGAGGAUUAAACCCUCUACUCAACUACAACAGAAUGUCAGGAACUAGAAUCCUGAGCAACGGUAAAGUAUCUGGAAGACGUAUAGAUACGAUCUUCAGAGUACUGAAACAAGAUAGUGAGAAAAUCAAGAUCUCACGAAGAUGGGCUGUAAGUGACCAUCUACUACUUAAGAGAACUAUCACUCUUCCUUCUCCAGUAGUAGAAAGUUCAUUUGCUUAUAACAGAAAAAAGCUUGAGGAUCCUAAUGUGGAAGUUAGGCUCUCGAGGCUUUUGAAUGAAGCCUCAUUCACAAUAGAAGAACUACCAAAAGUUCUAAAAGAGGUAUGUAUAUCUGCAAAGGUAUAUGAAAAGGUUAAGGCUUUCAAAGGAUUGCCAAUAAGGUGGAGGCAUAUUAAUGUCUUUAAAAGGUUUAGACAUGCGACCAAGCACGUCUUAAGAAACUGGAAUGAUGUUACUGUAUCACGAUACAGGUCAUUGAAAAAGAAGGUUCAGGAAACCAGAGUGAAGGUUCGACGAGAAAGAGCCAAGCUUUGGGCCUUUAGAGGUGUCAACCUCUAUAAAAGUAAUCGCUCCAGAGACUUCUGGAAGUGGCUAAAGGGCGUGUCUAACACAUCUGUUAGACUAGACAAUGUGUGCCUGAAGGAUGUAGCAGGCAUAGCUCACACCGAGCAAGAAAAGAAGCUGGAGAUAGCAAAUGACUUUUAUGCUACUCUAGCAGGAACGAACAUAGAUAAUAGAAGCAUCUAUACUAAAAGUAUUGAAAGCAAUCCUCCUGAGGACAUCACAAUGGAGGAAUUACUUAGAGCCACAAAUAAUUGUGGCAACAACAAGGCAGCCGGUCCGGAUGAAAUUCCAACCGAGCUAUACAAGGUACUGCUGAAGCCCAGCUCAGUAGAAAAAGAGCUUCCCCCAUUCCUUGUGGAUGAGUUUAACAGGAUACUAUCGGGUGCCAGUCCACCCAAUAGUUGGAGUGCAGCUGACAUGGUCUGCCUCCACAAAAAGGGAGAUGUGUCAGAUCUAAAUAAUUACAGAGGUAUAGCGUUGAUUAACACAAUCAGCAAGAUAUACCUCAAAAUAGUCAAUGACAGACUUACUCAGUUUGUUGAAGAAAAGAGCAUUCUUUCACCAUACCAGGCAGGUUUCAGAGCUGGUGAAGAAUGUAUGAACCAGAUUGCAACCUUACUCGAGGUUGUCAAGAGAAGGGAGUUUCGAGGCCUCAAAACACUUAUGUGUUUUAUUGACUUUGAAAAAGCUUACGAUAAUGUUAGCCAUGAGCUAUUAUUUAGUAAGCUAGAAAAGUAUAGUGUGCCAGGAUAUCUUAUCAACACGUUGAAGGAUAUCUACGGUAACACUAAGAUGAGGAUUCGCAUCGGCGGAGAUACAAGUAGUGGCUAUAGCUACAGAAAAGGUGUGAGACAA